UAGGGUAUAAGAAGGGUAUAAGAGGGGAGAGUGCAGCAGAAUUAGGUUACUCACGAACCCUAACAACAUCCGACGAUGGCGUCCCAAGGCCGAAGAGGUGGAGUCUCUCUCCCUGACAGACCCAGCAAUUCAACCUCCAUCCUCGCCAAGAUCUCCCGCUCCUCCCUCGUCUCCCGCGGCAAGGAAGCCGCCGGCGACGCAGCCUUCGUCGCCAAGAAGCUCCUCCGCAGCACCGGCAAGGCCGCCUGGAUCGCCGGCACCACCUUCCUCGUCCUCGUCGUCCCUCUCAUCGUCGAGAUGGACCGCGAGCAGCAGCUCAACGACCUCGAGCUCCAGCAGGCCAGCCUCCUCGGCACCCCCGCCCCCAAAUGAGGUUCCCUCCUUUCAGAUCCACUUCUUACCUGCUUCUAGGGUUUCCGCUUUCGCAAUAAUUUUACUCUUUCUAGGUUUUCAUAAACCUUGCCGUCACAAGUUUUGUGUAUUCUUUCUUCGUUUACUAUAUUAUCUGUCAUUAGUUCUUCGAAUGCGGGUUGCUCAGUCUAAUUUACCUGCUGCUUAGUGGAAUGAAUGCCUUUGGUUGGUUGCUGCUGCGCUAUUCUAUUUUGUGAUGAAUUUAUUGAAUAGAAUUAUAAUUAGCUACCUACCUCGUCGAGGAACGGUUCAAUUAGGAUGUAUUUCGCGGGUUGAGACUGGUUUCAUGUUGAACAUCAACUUUAGCUCCUGUUUAGUUUCUUUUUUUUUUUUUUUUGAAACGUGCUCCGAGUUUAUGAUUAGGUUGUGUUGUGAUUAAUCUUGUUCUUUUUGCAAAUUUAUUGAAGAGUAGCUUUGGAUGCUUGUAAGGUGCUUGACAUUGGGGAUUAAUUUGGAAAGGGAAGGUGGGGGAGGUAUUUUGUAUGUGUGAUUGAGAUAUGAGAGGCUUUGUGUUUUCUAAUGAUGAUGGGUUGUUGUUAAA